AUUGUUUGUUUUGAAAACUGACAUUUUCUCGUUAUGUAAGUAAUCACAAUGUUAUUACGAACGUUCGGGACGUGUAUAACUGUGAUUAAAUAUCACCCGGCAACUGGUACAGUUCGCAGGAUGUCCAACGCAUCCGUGAACAUUAAGUUUCGUUGGGGGCUCACGCCUUCCGACCCGGAGCAGCAGCCCGUCCUGAUUGUGGGACAAGCAGCUCACCUCAACAGCUUGUCGUGGAACGAUAUCCGAUGCAAGCUGGAGCCUAGAGUCUCGGAGGAGGCAUGGAAGCGAGGCCUUUCCUGCGUGACGUCAUCGCCAGGCGACGCAUGCGAGCUCUGGCCUCGCGCCGCGUCACUAGCGACGUUGCCAGCUCGCCGCUCGCGCCAUGCGGCUCCGUCGCGUUGCCACGCGCUAGCGAAGAUUGUGAGAGGCACCCAGCGGUCGACCGAUGAGUUUAUUGUGGGAGAUGUUAGCGAGUUCUGUACUGCAACGUUGGCGACGUUGCCAGCUCGCCGCUCGCGCCAUGCGGCUCCUUCUCCCUGCCACGCGCUAGCCAAGAUCGUAAGAGGCACCCAGCGGUCGACAGAUGAGUUUAUUGUGGGAGAUGUUAGCGAGUUCUGUACUGCAACGUUGGCGACGUUGCCAGCUCGCUGCUCGCGCCACGCUGCGCCGUCGCGCUGCCACGCGCUAGCUAAGAUCGUGAGAGGCACCCAGCGGUCGACCGAUGAGUUUAUUGUGGGAGAUGUUAGCGAGUUCUGUACUGCAACGUUGGCGACGUUGCCAGCUCGCCGCUCGCGCCAUGCGGCUCCUUCGCGCUGCCACGCGCUAGCCAAGAUCGUGAGAGGCACCCAGCGGUCUACGGAUGAGUUUAUUGUGCUGGUGUGUCGCAAGCGUGACGUAUACGCGAGCGCGGCAGCAGUGGCGCGCUCGUUUCCAUUGUUCGGCGCGCGCACCGCUGCGCCGCUCGCCGCCGCGCCCGCGCCGUCUGCUCCACGCACGCUCACGGUCGAGAUACAGCUGGUCGAUGCCACGCAGAACAGCGACUCAGACGACGAAGACAUCUCAUCGUCCAUCCCGGCGUCGGACACCACGUUAUCCAGCGAGGAACUGAGCACCAUCCAGGAUUUGGCAGACGCAACCAGGCUGGCUGCCCGCAUUACUGACACGCCUGCUAAUAUCAUGAAUGUGGACAAGUUCAUAGAGGAAGCCAUAGCCGUAGCCAAAGAGCUAGACAUCCCAGAACCGACCAUAAUCCGCGGCGAGGAGUUAAAAGAACGCGGCAUGGGCGGGAUCUACGGUGUGGGCGCCGCCGCCGUCUGCCCGCCCGCCCUAGUCGUGUUGUCAUACACCGCGCCCGCCGCCCAGGAGACCGUGGCUUGGGUCGGGAAGGGCAUCGUGUAUGACACCGGCGGCCUGAGCAUCAAGGCGAGAACAUCCAUGGUGGGCAUGAAAGGCGAUUGCGGCGGCGCGGCGGGUGUGCUCGGGGCUUUCGCCGUGGCUGUCAAAGCCAAGCCCACGGUCAAUCUUCACGCCGUACUGUGCUUGGCAGAGAACGCUGUGGGACCUAAGGCCACCAGACCUGACGAUAUCCACCAGCUGUAUUCCGGUCGCACUGUAGAAAUCAACAACACAGACGCUGAAGGUCGUUUGGUGUUGAGUGACGGAGUGGUGUACGCUUCCAGAGACUUGAAGGCUGACACCAUUGUGGACGUUGCUACAUUGACCGGCGCACAGGGCACAGCGACGGGCAAGUACCACGCGGCUAUAGUGUCCAACGAGCGCGGUCUGGAGGCGCAGUGCGUGCUUGCCGGCGCGCUGUCGGGCGACCUGGCGCACGCGCUGCCAUUCGCGCCCGAACUACACUUCACGGAGUUCAGCAGCGCCGUCGCCGACAUGAAGAAUAGCGUCGCGGACCGCAACAACGCGCAGCCGUCGUGCGCGGCGCUGUUCGUGCUGGCGCACCUGGGUUUCGACUUCCGCGGCGCCUGGCUGCACGUCGACAUGGCCGCGCCCGCGCACUGCGGCGAGCGCGCUACCGGCUACGGCGUGGCACUAUUACCCGUGCUAUUCGGCGCGCGCACGCGCAGCGCGCUGCUGCAAGCGCUCGCGCCGCGCGCCAACUGAGCGGUGAACGGGUCUUUGGUGAACUCACUGUAAAGCCUUGUUCUACUAGUCGAGUAUAGAUGACCCACGCUGAACUGUCCCACCAAACUCAAUGACAGGGGGGCGCUACCAUCGUUCAACUAUAUGGUUUCCAACAUGGCAAAAAUCGGAACCAGCGAUCCGGUAUUGACGGUGGCGCCCCGCUAUCAAUGCCAUGGAUAGGGCAGUUCAGUAUUUUGGAACUAUAAUAGACAUGUUGACACCACCAAUCAAUUGACGUACUUUUUAAAACUGUCAAAACGAAACUCUCCCAUAGAUUUUGGAUGGCACUACAAGCAAGUGACGUCACUAUUUUGUCAACUCAAUCAAACUGCUUUUUUCAAUUACAAUGAGAACAACAAUCGUAAUUUAUAAGUAAUUUAAAAUUAAUUAAGUUUUUAAGACCAAAAUGAAGGGUAUUUUUAAAAAAGUUGUGGUUUCAAAUUAUAGGGGUAUGGUGUCAAACUGUCUAUUUAGCAGCUAUAGUCUGGUCUCUGAGCACGUAGAAUUUAGUCCAAUGACCCCAAGCUACCCAUCCUUAUCGCUCGCGCGUAAUUAUAUUGCUGUCGCGACUGUGCGACGGGCGCCCGCAGUGAGUGUGCGAGCGCGACAGCAACAUAAUUACGCGCGAGCGAUAAGGAUGGGUAGCUUGGGGUCAUUGGACAAAAUGCUACGUGCUCACAGACCUGACUAUAGUCGAGUAAUUUAGCAGCUAAACGUGUCCGAACAGCAAAGAUUAGUAGAGUAGGUUAGUAAAUCAUUUUGUCUAUCCAAUCCAUUUUGUUCUAUUUUGACAGGCAAGUAAUGGUAGGGCACCACGCGUCUCUCACUCGCUGAUCAACUAAACGAGUCCCAACCGGGCGGUUUAGUCGAAUAUACAAAAACCACAAAUUACUUGUAAAAUGUACUCGACCAAAGUGCGAACGGUUUUUUGAUCCGCAAGCAAGCAGUUUAGUUACUGAUGGCGAGUUUACUAAAUUAUUAAACUAGUACGAACAAGGAUUAAUACACAGUAUGGCAAAAAUUUAUUUUUGUUGACACUUUCCGCGACAGGAACCUUAAGAGUAGGCGCACACCGUUGAUUUUUAGUUGGCCGAUAGUUGUGCCCGAUUUUAAAUUGUAUGAAGAAUCGGCCAAAUCGAAUCGGCGUAGUGUGCGCACUCCCAUACAUGCCCAUACUGAUCAACUGCCCGACUAAACUAUCGGCCGACGAAAAAUCAACGGUGUGCGCCUACUCUAAGUGCCCUUUUCCUUUAUCAUUCGAUCAUUAGCAAUAGCGAAUCGGUAAAAAGUUACACACGCCUGUAUUAAUCAUCUGUGUACUUUUUUUAUUACGAAUUUUUAUUCAAAUCCUCACUAAAGACCCAAUUUAAUCAUUAAUAUUGUAAGCUUAACCUUUUGUAUGGAUAAUAAUAUAAGUUAAGGGUAUAUAAGUAAAUAAAUAAUUUUGUAUUUUACACCGCUGGAAUCUUAAGAAUUUUGAUAAAAAUACAUUUGUUUUAAAUCGAAUAAAUCAAAGUUUUUAAAACAAACAUCGAAUACAAAGAAACUAAAGCAAUAAAAGAUUAAAAGAUAAAAUUAGUAUAUAGUCAAACAACAGAUACAAUAAUGUAUUAUAUACACAGGAGAAUUAACGAUGUUAAGUAGUUUCAAAUACAUAGUUAUUGUUGACAUUAGUAUGAAAUAGUUAAAAUUAGUUGCUGUUAUUAUAUACGAAUACAUAAAUGUACAACACCGUUACCAAUUGCAGUUAAUGUUAUAUAUACAUUUAUAUACAUGGGAGAAGUGACCUAAUUGAAAUAGAUACUAAUUAUAGUUUUAGUACCAUUGGUCUAGUAAAUCCACGCCAUUUAAAACCUUUUAAAUAAGUGAAAAAUAGUUGCCUCCAUAUUUUGAAAUACAUAUUUCACUUGUCAUUGAGGGAGGAUCCAAACUGCUCACUUUGUGGAAUUUCAUUGAAGCAAAAUCCAUAGAAUUAAAUAUUGAAAAAGAAUGGCGUGAGAUUUAAAGGCCAGCCUUAUGUUUAUAUUAGGAUGCACCUAUACUGCCAAACUUACGAUGCAUCUCUCUCCCUUGCUUAUAUCACCUUUCCAACGUGAUUGAGCGAGAUGACCGUCAGUUUGUAGUAUGUUUAAAAAUAGUAUAAUCGUGCGCUGGAAGCAUUUUUUAUAUAACCCUCUAACAAACGUACCAAUCUUUGUUUAUUUACACUAAUAACCGAGCAUAAUAUAACAUAAUAGUUAAUUUGUUGAAUUAUGUGUUUUGUACUGAUACAUCUAAUCAGAUAGUUUAAGUGAAAGUGUGGAUAAUCGAGUGAAUUAUACACCAAAACUGCAUUUUCGAUCAGUAAACUGAUGUUUGGGUCAUCACAUAGACAACGACGAAAUAAUAGUUUGACCUGCCCAAUGAGCAUUUGUUACGUUACUUAAAGGUAUACAUAACUAUUUACACAAUUGAUCAGGUGAUCCGUCUGCUCGUUUGCCUCCUGUCACAUUAAAAAAAAUAUACAGAUAUUCGUAGUCCCGAAGUGAGUGGUUUUCAAAUGUCAGUUUACUGUUCCAACUUAAAAAUUAUGUUUCAUUGUUCAUUUAAUAAUAUUACUAUUUUGUUGGACAGAGAGUUAUAGUGACCACGCCAAGUUUCAAGUUCAAUCACAUCAGGCAAUCUGACUGUUAUUUGACAGAUUGUUAUAUUGUCUAUGACUGGUUGAACUUCUCCUUAGGCUCGUUCUAAGACUGUUUGCUGUAUCUAAACUCGGUAUUUCUUUCGUCUUCCGAUUCAAUAGACAUCAUUGUAUUGGCAGUGUUUUCUACCAAAAAUUUUUCACCGCAUUUUUAAAAACAACACCUCUAAAUAAAUUAAAAAAGGCAUAAUUUUUAUGUACGCAAGGUAGACUGACGAUUAUUGAAAAACUGAACGUCUAAAUAGUAAAAUAAGCAAUACUUUAUAGCAAUAAGAUGAAUGUGUUCGCUAGAGCCAAAAUAUUAAGCUAUAGUGUAUUUUAUAUGAAAUACGAAAGUUAAUCCGUAUUACUAAUGACAGUUUUAUCCAUCUUUUGUAACGCAAUUUUGUGUUAAUUUGCUAAAUAAAUAUAUAUUUAGGUAAAA